CUUAGGGAAAAAGGAAAAAAAAAAAAAAAAGAGAUGAGCUGGGCGGGAGGGUUUCUGGUGCACCACACAACUGGCCCCCUUCCAAUUAAAGAAGAGAGCUUAUGUUAUUGAAAAGCAGCUUAGCCAAUCAGGAGGCAGUGCAGGCAAAGACAGCAGGAAAAAAGCAGCAGAGCGAGUGGGCAAGAGGAAGAAAAAAAACUGCAGUGUUGUCACGGAGCCUGUGGAGAAGGGGAAGAGCUCGGUGUCCAGAGGAGAGCAACCUGCACAAAAGGUGGGAGCGUCAGUGCUGUGGUUUUGUUCUACCUUCCUUUUCACUGCAAAGCUCAGAAUGACACAUCACACAACUGUGGGAUGAAAUUGACUGCAGCAGCAAAAUCAUUCAGGGUUACUGACUGACAAAAUUCUCACUGUGAUUACCUCCAGCCACUUUUCGGCAUUCAAGAUUUGGCUGGACUGUGUGUACAGUCUAAAUGACGAAGUGGAACUUGUUCAGGCAUCAGACAACGCCCAUGGUCGCUGCUAAGCCAACAGGGGCCAGUGCCUUGACUGUGACUCCAGCCCCUGUCGCAUUAGUCUCUGCUGACAACUCCACAGAACCGGUCAACAAGAACGAUGCCUUCGACGAGAUCAAAAACAAGUUCCUGAAUGAAAUCGACAAGAUCCCACUGCCAUCCUGGGCCAUCAUUGCCAUUGCCGUGGUCGCUGCUUUACUCAUUCUAACAUGCUGCUUCUGCAUCAUCAAGAAAUGCUGUUGCAAGAAGAAGAAGAACAAGAAGGGCAAGAAGGGGAAGGGUGACAUGGGAAUGAAGAACCUGAAAGGGGGAGAGAAACAACAGGAUGAUGAUGACGAAGAAGAUGAUGUCGAACCUGGACUCACUGGAGACGAGAAAGAGGAAGAAGUGAAGGAGAAAGAAAAGCUUGGGAAGCUGCAGUACUCCAUUGAUUAUGACUUCCAGGAGAACAAGCUGACUGUUGGAAUCCUGCAAGCAGCUGAUCUCCUCUCCAUGGACAGCGGUGGCACCUCUGACCCCUACGUCAAGGUCUUCGUCCUCCCUGACAAGAAGAAGAAGUUUGACACAAAAGUUCACAAGAAAACACUCAAUCCUGUCUUCAACGAGACCUUUAUCUUCAAGAUUCCAUUCCAAGAGAUGGGAGGGAAGACUCUGGUAAUGUCAGUCUAUGACUUUGAUCGCUUCUCUAAACAUGAUGUCAUCGGAGAAAUUAAAAUACCCAUGAACACCCUUGACCUGGCAAAGCCAAUUGAGGAGUGGAGAGACCUGGACAGCGCAGAUCAAGAAGAGCCGGAGAAGCUGGGUGAUAUUUGCAUCUCUCUGCGUUACGUCCCUACUGCUGGCAAACUUACCAUCUGUAUUCUGGAGGCCAAGAACCUGAAGAAAAUGGAUGUGGGCGGACUGUCAGAUCCCUAUGUGAAAAUUAACCUGCUGCAGAAUGGAAAGAGGCUGAAGAAGAAGAAGACGACAGUGAAGAAGAACACUUUGAAUCCGUACUACAACGAGUCCUUCAGCUUUGAGAUUCCUCUUGAGCAAAUGCAGAAAAUCCUAGCUGUGAUCACAGUGCUGGAUUAUGACAAGAUUGGCAAGAACGAUGCCAUUGGGAAGAUCUUGGUGGGAAGCAAGUCCACAGGGGCCGGGCUGAAACACUGGUCCGACAUGCUGGCCAACCCUCGUCGCCCCAUCGCCCAGUGGCAUCCACUGCAGCCAGAGGAGGAGGUGGAUGCCGCCCUCGCAGCCCUCAAUGCCAAGAAGUAAACUCCCACCAGAACACAUCGUACCCACCUCCGCCUACCUACCCAUGCUUUUCCCAUCAUCUCCCCAGGUCCCACAUAUCAGUGUAUAUUCCAACACCCUAACUGUACAUCUGCUCCCUCCACCCACCUCCUCUCCCUCCGUCACCUUUCAAAAGAUCCAUAGGUACCAUUUAACAUGAUGGGAAAUAUAGUUUAAAAAAAGCAUCAUGUUAUAUGAAUUCAUGUCAUUGAAAAAAGAAGACAAGUAACAGGAUGGACAGAUACUCCGUUGAUUUCCUUUAGAUCUAUUUUUGUAUUGGGGUUGUGGUUCCAUUAAUAAGAAUACAGAGUAGACUAUGAAGAACAGUUAGAGUGCUAUAUAGGAAUCUGGUGAUAGAGGGGAUAAAACAUACAUUUGCUCAUAUUGUACUUCUCACCCCUUCCCUUUAGUGACACAGUUUGCUUAGAAUAGUGCUUAAUAAUAAAAUGCUUUAUACUGCCAUAUGAUAGAGAAAUAACACAAGCAGGUCCAUUCCUUCGGUGUAUUGUGCACCAUGUUCCACACCUGCCAGUUAUCAUACUAGAUGAUUCUGUUAGUUUGAAGUACAUUCCUAGAGUUGGGUAGCAAGUAGGGAUAGGCACAUAUCCAGUUACCCUCAAACACACUGCCUUUUUGAUUAGUUAACCUUCCACCCAUCGUCUCAGGAAAACUGAGAGGAAACUGAAACUCCAUGCCUUUUUUUCUAAACGGGUUGUUAUUAUUCAAAUACUCCACUUGAUGAGAAAGAAAUGUUGGAUUCAAAAGCUUGACCGCUUGUUUUUUUCAGUGAUGUAAGGCUCACGACUAGUGUUAGUUUCUCCAUGAAUGGUAUGUCAGGGAACAGGGAGUGAUGGAUUUUCAGUAAAAAGGGUAUUUGUGUGUUUUUGUGCAAAAAGGAUGCGUCUGUCAUCUGAACAACAAAAUGCGAGGAAAUAUCAGAGCAGGUACAACAGAGACUGAUUCCAACUACCAAUGACAUGAUAUUUACAAGGUGUCGAUUACUGCCUGCAGUCUACCACCUCCCCUCCCAACGCCUCUGAUUCUGUAUCUCACUUGUUCAGUGCUACUGCCAUUAGUCAUGGACUUGACACAAGGGUUUUACUUCAAAGGAAUCCCUAUAACCGUCUUACAGUCAUAAAGGAGACAAGCCUUCAAAGUAACAAAAUAAGCAAUUUUCAACUACCAGGGACGCCUUCCAGUUAGCGGUGUUGUUCUCUUCAUUUCUUUCUUUCUUCUUAUUUUUCUAUCUCUUUUUCCUUUUAUUUAUCCAGUUAUAUUUUUCUUUUUUAUUUAACUUCAAACACUUUUAUUCCUCAAGCACUUUAAAUCCAAAUGUCACGUUUAAGUACCCUCAGAAACCAGAGCUUUAAUUAUUUAUGUUAGGAAUAACUGCUGGUUUUUAAAAAAAGAGCAAGGGAGUGCAUUAUGUAAGCAGGGUUUUUUUGUUGUUGUUGCUUUGUUUUGGCUCAGCUUUUUGUGUAUGUGUUCUGAUUGUUUGAAUAUUACGUUUCUCACUUGAUUGCAAGGAUAUGGAAGAAGGCACUGAUCCAUGUGUAUUUUAUACACAGCUUACCAAACUGUUGAAUUUAAUUGCACUACUGGGUAUUAUUCUGUUCUGUGGUAAUUUGACACUGUUCUUGAUCUGUGUACUUUUUUUUUAAUGAUAAAAUGUUGUGAGAUUGAAUUUUUCUGUGGCACAUGUGGUAUGCCAGACAGGUCUCCUCAUAAAUGGACUCCUCUGAUAAGAAAAGAGACACGUUUCAAUCUAAGGCUGCUCUCUGGCUCCUUCACAGAAUGUAAUUAGUUCAGUGUAUUGGUAAAUUAAUGUUCUGUUGAAGAGAAAUUUUGAGGAUGAACUUUGUCUUGUGAAAAAAUCCAAACUUUUUUGACCAAAACUCAUCAGCCCUGAAUAAAUUGGUGAAAGCUUUAUUGGUAAUUAAAAUUCUGAUAUGUUUGGGCCCCAGUAUUACUGCUUGUAGGUCUAGUUAUUAAUUAAAAUCAGUGCUGUCUGUGAGCAUCAACAGCAAAAACUACCUGUUGACUGUGUGCGAGAAAAUGCAAAGUCAAGGUAAAUCUAGUACUGCAACUUUUUUUGAAAUUUAAUGAAUGUUGGCUCUUGUAUUUUUCUCUGUUGGAAAUUGUAACUUCUUAUUUUUUUAUAACCAACAUAGACCAUGUUCAGAUUUCUGUUUUUCAUAUCACGUAAUCUUUUUCUUCUGUUGAUGAAGCAGCACUAAAGAAAAGGCAACAUGGAAGCAAUCAAGCAACCCAUUGGUGUGUAGUUUUGCCUAUAUUCAUACACGUUGAUACUGCAUGUUUAUACAAAAUACUGUACAUAAGAGCAUGUUUUAGAGACGAAGCAAAAAUAUCUCGUGUACGUAAAUGGGUGUCAUUUGUCAUUUUAAUAACACAACGGAGGGAAAAAAAGAUGCACUGUAUAUUUUCUAAAUGAAACAAAUGUGUAUUUAUUUUCCAUGAGGGUCAUUGGAGAGAAUGUCAUACAAAUAUUAGAGUACUAUUACUAAUAAGAACCUUUCCACGCCUGAAAUUCUUAAGCAAGUGUGUCGUCCAGUACUGUGUGUGAGUUCAUGUAGGAUGAAAAUGUAGCCGCAUGCUUGCUAUCUAAUUCCUUGUGGUCCUAAUUUUUAUUUGAUAUAAUUUAUCUGCCAUACAUAUUGUUUCAGCACUUAUCUGAAGGCCAAUGUUUGACUUACUUCUGAAUUUUAUUGCUAUUGCCUAUUGCUUUUAAAAAAAUGUUUUCAAAUGUUUAUUGUUUUGGGGGAGGGGGGGUCCUCCAAGUCUAUAAGAUAAUUUUCUAGUAACAGAUUUGGCUAGGUGUUAUUCUGAAAUAACUCAUUAGAAGAAGAAGAAUUGAAUAAUGAUGAUGAUGAAUAAUUCUGCGAUCUGUAGGUGGAUUGUAGGAGUCAUUAUUAUUAUUUGUGCCAGCACUGAACCAGAAUGAAGUCUGUUGGAUCAUAUCUUUAUAUGAAAUGCAUUUCUAGGGGCCAAAAGAUUAAUAAUCCCAUUCCAGUGAACACAAAUGACUUGGAAAGCCCUUCUUCUCUCUUUCUUUACUUGGAAGUUUUUAUUUUUCACUUCUAUUUAAAUGACCUGAAACCCUUCA